UCCUUUCCUUUCUUUGCUUGUCAGUCAUGUACAAUGUAUAACCAUUUUGAACACACCUGAAGCUGGUCUUUCUUUAUAGGCCUAAAAGUAAAUGCAUUCACGUGUGGCCAAUCGUGGACCAAUCGGGCGUCAUACUAGUAACAUUUGUCCAUUGCCAAUCGUGAUCAAACUGUGAAAUCGCACGGUGUUUGUUAGGUUCUGUUCCAUUCUCCUUGAGUCUUUGGGGUCUCACAUCAUUGUUCAUGUAUUUCCCUAUCACAUGUAGCAUUGCAGCGGUUUCUAUGGAGUGACAUAAUAAUAGGCCCACACCACGUACUUCGAACUUGAACUUCGGUUUAUCGACUACAUGCAGUGGCGCAGCCCUCAGCUCAUCAGACACUAUAGGUGGUCCGCGAUUUGUGUUCACUAGGGCCGUUCACCGGGCCGGUAGUGCCGGAGACGCGCAAGAUACAUUUAAGCCUACAAAGCAGCACGGUCUAAAUCGACAAUGAUGAAACUCGCAGCAAUAUGUUGUCUUCUGGUAUUGACAGCCUUGACAACGGCCUCUACGUCCCAAGGGACGGAUGCCCCUGGUUCUUCAUACGAUGGCUCGCUGUUAAUUGGUGCCUUCAACAUCCGAGUAUUCGGAAACAGUAAAGUUGGUAAAGUUCACGUAUUGCAGACGUUAGUUAAGAUUUUGAAGCGAUAUGACCUUGUGUUGAUUCAAGAAAUCCGUGAUAGGUUUGGUACGGCAAUUCGCACACUGCUUGACACUCUGAACUCGGAGGUCGAGGACAAAUAUGAGAUGGCCUUGAGCAGUAGACUCGGACGUACACGGAACAAAGAGCAGUAUGCAUACUUUUACAAGCCGAGUCGGCUAACUUUGCUUCGGAAAUACGUCUAUGACGACAGUGAAGAUAAAUUCGAGCGGGAACCGUUUGUUGCUUAUUUUGAGUCGCCGACAACUGCCAUGGAACGCUUCGCAAUGAUCGGUGUACAUAUCAAACCGGAUAUCAAGGAAGCGGUGGCGGAACUCGACCACCUUGUCCAUGUCUAUGAUGACUACGUGAACAAGUCUGCAGGCAAUACGAAUGCCAUCAUUGCUGGUGAUUUUAAUGCCGACUGUCGAUACGUCUCUAAGACCGCCCUGAAGAACUCCCUCUUGCGAUCGGACAUGCGAUUCCGUUGGAUUAUUCCCGAUGACGCAGAUACAACUGUUGCCGCUUCAGAUUGUAGUUAUGAUCGAAUUGUCCUUGCCGGUGACGAUUUAUUUGACAGUUACCAACAAAAUAGAGCUGGUGUGUUUUACUUUGAUAGAGAAUAUCAUCUGGACAUAAACAUGGCUGCAGAAGUCAGCGAUCACUACCCGGUUGAGAUGUUUAUCAAGGGAAAUCUGGAUCUCGAGUAUAGUCCUGAUGCGGUACAGCCGAUGUUGCCUGCGUACUCUGAUAGCAUCAGUCGCUCGGGGAGUUUCCGUGCCGUGGUGUGGAUGUGUCUGCUCGUAAUGGGCCCACUGAUCUUCCCUUAAUUGUGUAUCAACAAAGUCGUCCAGUCGUAUACGGUUCAUCGACACAUGUACUAUUCAAUGGAUCAGACUUUUCGUAAAUUAAUUGAAUUGAAUUUAAGAUUUUUUUUUAAAAUUGUUCCUACCAUUCUCGCAGUCCAAAGACUGAAUUGCGAUGGUUACAAUUUACAAUUUUAACAGAAAUCAUUUUAAAAGGACCAUUUAUACAUAAUUAUGUUAGACAUUGAAAUAUUCUUAAAAGAUCAUUAUUUUUUUAUGCAUAAGGUUAAACAUUUAAAUAUUCUAAAAAGACUCUAUAUACAUACAUGUGCAUUAACAAUGUUAAAAUUCUACCUAGACUAGAUAAAAAGAACCGUGUUUUGUAUAACUGUACACGCCUUUCAAUCAAAUACAAUGAUACUAUUCAUGGUACAACUAAAGAAAAAAACAGUAUACUUCAUUCUAUUCAUUCAUUAUUAACUAAUGACAACAUUAAGCUUUGAUAGGAAAACUGAAUAACUGUUUAAUCUUAAUCAAGGAAAUAGGAAGGUGGACAUGAUGAGAAAAUAAUACUGAAACGGGCACGUAUAACAUCAAAACUGUAACAUUUCACAUAUUAUCAACAAACACAUCAACGUCAUAACAAAAAUUGACAUAGCGAUAAAAACAAUGCAUUUUAUGUUUUACAUCCAGACUUAUCCGAGGAUUUAAUUUUCCAGUUUGAAUCUUGCAUAUAUGGGCAUGUGCUGACAUUUCUUUGAAGCACUUUUCUCCGGCCUUUUCCGGGGACAAAUUCCCACAAUGCGUUGCGUUUCCCCCAACGAAUUUUGCGUAAGACAUUCAGCGUCAUCAGCUUCUCACACAAACAACAGAGUAAUGGAUUUUAUUGGUACAUGUAAGGAGGUGUAUAUUUUUAAUGACAAGAGUACUAUAUAUACCAAGUCAUGUCUUCGCAGGCGAGCUUGCUGACAACGGGAAAAAUGCUGCACAACAAUAAAUUCGACCAAAAUAUGGAUACGUAUAGCCUAUGCCAAAGCUUCUCCCGUUACAUUUGGUCUGCAGACUUCAAACUUUUCGGACAUUGUAGCCACACUAUCCAGCUCUCAAUUCAUGUAAAAAAUAUUCGGGAAUAAGAGUCCUAUAUAAUACGAGAUAUAUUAUACCAAGCCAUCUCUUCGCGGGCGAAGGCCCCUGAUAGGAAGUCAAAGGCAAAAUGUUGCACAGAAAUAUGCAUGGUCAAAUCAUGGAUGCGUAUCUCAAAAUGUCUACAAUUAUAUUUUGGUCUACGGAUUCUAACAGUUUUGAACAUUGUACCCACGAUAUCCAUCUCUCUAUCCAUGUAGAGAUGUUAGGGAAUUUCUCAUUACAAAUGGCUUAAACAUUGAGAUACACCAUGCCAUGUCAUUGCAGGCGGAUCGAGGCUUUCCGAGGGGAGUCGCGGAACGUCCAAGCUGCUGAGAAUGAGAAAAGACCCUUUUCAAGUUACAUGUAGUUGAUUACAUUUAAGCACCAAUCGGAUAGCCUCAAUUGUAGUUCUUACCCUUCGUUGCAUAAACUUCGGAGUAGUCCAUAUAAGAUACAAUCUUUCAUCUUCAUAAACACAACCAAGUAGGUCUUUAAUCACUACGUUAUCUGCACACGGUUGCUAGAUAACUUGGGGGAAAAAUCCGGGGAAAGUACAUACAUAUUAACAAGAGAGAGAAGUCCAACCACUUUCGAUUUUAACACUUAAAAACAGCAUUGUUUUACGACAAUUAAUUAUUAUGAGAAAGUAUAAACACCAAAAUAAAUUUUUCAAAAAAUAAAAUAACAUAAAAUAUACCCAAAUAUGGGACAAAAUGUAUUACACGACAGGUAUUAAAGAUUUAUGCAAAUUAGGCAUAUUUCCACUAAAAAUCCAGCUUGGUAACCAUCAUUUUCAGAUUCAGCACCCCAGAAUUAGUUAAAAUUAGCUAUGUUACCAACUUCUAC